UCCUCUAAAGUUAUGAUGAGGGUGAAAUACUUGCAGUGGGAGGCCUGGAUGCCUGAGAAAAGCUCCGCCCAGCCCAAGCUUCCUCCCCCGGCUCUCUCCUCCCUCAGUACAGGUCGUUGCCCUCUCUGCCUCCCCUCCUCUCUCCACAUUCAGACUCCAUUACUCCCACUCAGAUCACUGAGGUUUCUCCAGCCGAGCUCACAUCCAGCCGGGACCAUGUUCUGGUGUCUGCGACUGUCCACGGGCCUCCUCCUGCUUCACCUGACCGCCGCUCAUGUUUUCUUGGACGGCCGAGCAGCCAGUCAGGUUCUGGCCCGGCAGAGACGGGCCAACAGCUUUCUAGAGGAGAUGAAACAAGGCAACAAGGAGAGGGAGUGCAUGGAGGAGCGCUGUAGCUGGGAGGAGGCGCGAGAGAUCUUUGAAAACAAGGAGAAAACUGAUGAGUUCUGGGCCAUAUAUGUAGAUGGUGAUGCAUGCGAGUCAAACCCUUGUCUUAAUGGGGGAAAAUGCAAAGACGGGAUUGGAAGCUACACUUGCUACUGCCAGGAGGGAUACAAGGGCUUCAACUGUGAAAUUGUUAUUCCUCAGCUCUGUGACACAGAAAAUGGCGGCUGUGAACAUUACUGCAGUGUGGUCAGAAGAAGCAUUGAAUGUUCCUGUGCUGAUGGAUAUUUUCUGGCCUCGGACGACAAAUCCUGCUACUCAAACAAGACCUUUAAAUGUGGGGCCAUCUUCACGGAUAAGAUCCGGACCAUUUUCAAUUACGAGCGAAAGAACUUAACGCGGGGGAACGCUACAGAGCUGGACAUGAAAGCUAACCUCACCGAGCAGCAGCACAACACCACUGAUCUGCUCAAACUGAACAACACCAGCCACUCGAUUCAGCCCCAGAAGGUGGUUUCUGAAGAAAAGAUCAUUCCACAGAGGGUGGGUGACGCUCGCAUUGUCAAUGGAGAAGAGUGUCCACCAGGAGAAUGUCCGUGGCAGGCUCUCCUCUUGAACGAGGACGACCAAGGCUUCUGUGGGGGAACCAUCCUCAGCGAAUACAUAAUCCUGACUGCCGCCCACUGCAUCAACGAAACACGCUACAUUUACGUCAAGCUUGGCGAGUUUGACACGGAGGUAAAUGAUGGUAAUGAAGCUAUACACCAUGUGGCGUCCAUCGCCACCCACUACAUGUACAAACCGGACACGUACCACAACGACAUCGCGCUCAUCAAACUGACCACGCCCAUCAAGUUCACCAGGUACAUCCUGCCGGCCUGCAUACCAGACGCUGACUUCGCUGAAAAGGUCCUGAUGCGCCAGCCAGACGGUCUAGUCAGCGGUUUUGGACGUGUUGGUGAGGGUCGGCAGGCGUCCCCCACCUUGCAGCGCCUCGCCGUGCCCUACGUGGAUCGGCAAACCUGCAUCGAAUCCACGCAGCUGCGCAUCUCGCUGCACAUGUUCUGCGCCGGUUACGACACAAUAGCCAAGGAUGCCUGCCAGGGCGACAGCGGUGGGCCGCACGUCACGAGCUACAAGGACACCUACUUCAUCACCGGCAUCGUGAGCUGGGGCGAGGGCUGCGCGCGCAAAGGCAAAUAUGGCGUCUACACACAAGUGUCCAAGUACAUUCGCUGGAUCCGUCUAGUUAUGAACAACCUGAUGCGCAAAGGGAAGGGCAGGUUGAAGAGACACCACGGCCCCAUCGAGAGGCUGUACCUGUAAAACAUCAUUCUGUUCAAAGCAGACAUGUUCGCCUAAUCCACCGUUAGAGCUCCUCAGCUCGAUCCAUCUGGCCUCCGCUGCAGUUUCACAAAUCUGACAUAUCAGAAUUUAUAAAGUCGUCUCUGCAGCUGUGAAAGCUACCCGAGCGUUUGGACUCUUUUAGCUCCGUCUGUGGUCUCCACCAGCUCAGUUCCAUGGAAGAUCAUUUCUCUCACAUGUUGAUUUAAACGAAUUAUUAGUAUGGACACAUUCUGAAUCUCUGAACCAGAUGUCUGCUUUCCUGUAUUUUUAUCUGUUACUGGAAUUAAUGAGCUUUGAAGCUACAUCUGACACAAAUAAAGAAAUAAUCUACA